UCACUGAAUUCUACUUCUGAAACCAAUAUUGUACUGUAUGUUAACUAACUAAAAUAUAAAAAUAAAAACAACAAAACCCCAAAUUUUCCAUACGAGGGACUUCUGCUUCUGGGAAGAUGGAGUAGGUGUACUUUGCUUAUGCUUUCUACCAAGUGUGACUAAAAAUCCUGGACGUUAUGUAUAAAACAAACACAAGGCCUUGACAGGUGGAGAGAAGAAAACAGACAAGUUAGGAAACUUGAAAUCCAAGGAACAUGGUGGUGAGCUCUCUGGGUUUUGUUACUGCCUCAUAUUUCCAGACUUGGAGAUGAAGAAGCAGCAACCUGGAAACACCAAUGGGUGCAGACAAAAACAAACACAAAAAACAAAAAAAAUACAAAAACAAACAACAAGCCAACAAACCAAAAAAGCAAAACCCUGUUGUCUCUAGCCAAAGGACCAAAAAAAAAAAAAAGGGGGGGGGGGGAGCCUGACAAGACAGGGAGCCUGUAUUCCAGCCAAAUAUCCCAGAAAAAAACUGUGGCUCACCCCCAGCCCCCCUCCCCAGUAAAGACUUAGGCUAGACUUUCACUCUCACCAGGCUAUAAAGUAUUGUCCCAAAUCACCCCUUCCUGCCAGACUAGUGUCAGAGAACACUGGGUGAUAACACCCCCAUCGUGGAGAUCUUGGGAAGUGUGAACUUUUCGUUUUGACCCAGUGAUAAUGAGGCACCAUUCCGCUUAAUUGGUGGGGUAGUAUCAGAGGAGGCUUACUGGAAAUUCAGGACUUUCACCUCCUGAAUAAGACCACCUCCACUGCGGUAUCAGUGGAGACCAAAACAUGAGGGGAUUUUUCUGUGGUCUUCACAGAUCUAGUUGAUCUCCUUGAGGUAAAAUUCAUGAAAGUGGCUCCCCUCCCAGAUGAAACUUGGGACCCCAAGAAUUUGUUUCUUCCAUGCUGGUCCUCAUUCAGCCUCCAGCAAUUUAUCAAUUACCAUUUAAAAAUUCCUAUCAGUUGCUGACUCUAGCAGUGGCUUCUGCUUCUGAGAAGCUGUGAUUCUCUAUAUUCACCAGUCUCUUCAGUUUUGGGGUGUCUGUUUGCCCUGUGACUUCAGUUCACUGGUUGACCUAGGAAGACAUUAUGCUUAUCAAUUUGUUCAGCUUUUUUCUUAUUUUGAGGAUGGCAACUCCCAAGCUUUUUACAUGUUGUGGUGGAACAGGAAUUUCUGUGUUGAUUUUUAUUCAUCCUUUUUUUUUUUUUUUCUGUUCCUCAGACUGGAUAUUCUCAAUUGACCUAUCUUUGAGCUCACUGAUUAUUUCUUCUGCCUGCUCAGAUCUGCUGUUAAGCUCUUCUCAUGAAUUUUUCUCAGUUACACUUUCCAACUCCGAAAUUUCUGUUUGACUCUUUACUAAUUUCUCUCUUUGUUGAUACUCUCCAUCACAGUCAUUAUUCUCAUACUUUAGUUCUUUAGACAUGGAUUCCUUUGAAAAUAUUUAAAAUAGUUGAUUUAAAACCUGUGUCUAGUAGGGCCAAUGUCUGGGCUUCCUAAGGAAAGUUUUUUAUUAAUUACUUCACUUUUAUCAGCCAUACUUUUGUUUUUUCUUUCCUUCCUUCCUUCCCCCCUUCCUUCCUUCCUUCCUUCCUUCCUUCCUUCCUUCCUUCCUUCCUUCCUUCCUUUUUCUUUCUUUUCUUUUUUUCUUCUAUCUUUUUUUUUUUUUUUUGCAUGUCUUGUAGUCUCAAUGAAAACUAGACAUUUAAAAUAAUAUAACAUGGCAACUCUGGAAAUCUGAUUCUCCCUGCUAUCCAGAGUUUGUUUUUGUUUGGUGACUUCUCAACAAAUUCUAUAAAAUCUGUAAUCUUUGUUGUAUGUGGACACUGAAGUCUCUGUUGAUUAGCUUAGUGAUCAGCUAAUGAUUGGACAAAGAUUACCUUAAAUGCCUGGAACCAAUUAAAUCCACUAGUCUUUCAUGAGGGGCUCUGUGUGCAUGUUGGGGCAUGCCUUUGACAAUCAGCCAAGCAAUUGAAAACUCUGCCAUAGCCUUCACUUUUUGCUUGGAAAAACCCUCAAGGUCAGUCAGAGGUGAAUGCUUAGGGCCAUCUCAUGUCUUUCUUGAGUAUGCUCACAGCCUUAGACAUGCACACAACCCUACACCUGUGCAUGGCUUAGAGUCCCAGGAAUAUAUCAGAGCUUUUCAAAACUCCUAUGGACAUCUAAUUUACCAACUUUUCCUUUAAGCUGUUUGGCUACUCUGUGAUUUGCCCCAAAUGUUAUCCACCUACCUCAGGCAGCCAGGAAGUUAAAACUAUUGUCUGUAAUUGUUUUUGCCAAAAUCCCCUUCGAAGAAGACUUUUUGCAUUGGGUGAACUCUUAUGUUAUGUCAAAUAACAGACAGAUAGCUUUGCAAGUGAGGAUUUUCAGGUAACCAGCACACAGGUCAAAUAAUGACAGUUCUUUGGGAAUAAGGCUUUGAUAGAGCUUUACCUCUAUUUUCCCUUUGGUGGCUGCAUUGGAGCCUGGGCAGUUAUUUUCAAGGUUGCCAUGGAGCUGGAGAGUGAAGGAUGGAACAAUGCCAUAAACCUUGCUGUUUAUACUAAGAUUCAGUUCUUCUUAAAUAAAUGUUUCCUGAGCUGCACCAAGCUUUUAAUUUUCAGAGUCUGAAAAAGUCAGUUUUUCUGCUAGAUUCCUCAUUGCUUUUAGAGAGGAAAGAAUUUUCAGAGGUCUUAUGCCACUGCGUUUGUUGAUAACUCCCCUGCUGUUUGUGAUUCCACCCAGGGUUUGGACAAAGCAACAAGGAAUAACCCUUCAUAGUUAAAAUAGUUUCCUCAUUUAAUUGAACGAGCUUUGUUAGGUGUGAGUACUUCAAAAUAAUAGAAUCCUGGUUUAUAACAGGCAUCCUAUUCAAAUUACUUUUUGAAAUCUUUUUGCCUUAGCCAAGAAGUAUAAUGUCCCAAAGUCUGUUAACCUAUAUCUGAGUCCUGUAGAAUGACUACAACUAUUAUUCUGUUGUGUUGCCACAACAUAAAGUCUACCCAGUCUUCUAUAAUUGAACUUUUAAAUAUAUGAGUAUUUUUAGAUAUUAGACUCUCCCCACUAUCACACUACUGUCAUUUUACUUUAUUGAAAUCCCAGAUUUGCUUUUGAUUAAUGGUCAAGCCCUAAAAGGUUCUCUGAGGAAGAAAACUUAAAAAGGUGAGACUGAGAGUAAAUUAUUUAGAAUAGGAUUUGGACAUUCGUCUUGCUGUUGGUCCUAACAUAUAUCUGAACAUGGAAUGGAAUUCAGAACUCUGUGAAAGGGAGUUGGUGUCUGACGUGUUGAUGUCACACAGCCCAUGUAUGGCCUGACAGGCCUAGAAGUUGGAGCUGGACAUUGGCUGUGCAUUCUGCCAGCUCUCGUGGAGACUAUGCAUCUAAAAAUAAGGUCUUCAAACUUCGUAUCUUAAUUACUCCUAACAGGGAUAAUUAGAACUUUCUUUCUCAAAUUAAAAGUUUGAGAAAUUCCUGAUAAGAUGUACUGUUCCCUAAAGUUUAUAUUAAUUGUAAUUUUGUUUUACUGCCGGCGUUCAUCGAGCAUGGAAGAGUUAGAAAAUAAUAAGUCUACUAAAGUCAACACAAUAAUUAUGUUCAGCAUUGCUGGCGGUAUCCUGGUGGCCAUGCUUGUGCUGAUGGCUGUUGUCAUCUGUCUUUACUACAAAGUAGCCAACGCAUUGAAAUGUUCAAAGGCACCUCUUUGUUUGGCCUUAAAAAAUUCACCCCUGGACAAGGUCGCGGCCGCAGCCAUCACUGCUGGGUCUUAUCCCAACCUCCAAUGCUGUGACGAAUGUAGCUUGUAUGCCGACUUUGAUUCCCUGCCACCAUGCUUCUGUGACGUAAACGAGGGACUCUGACUUGGGUGGGCACAAAAAUCUUCAUGCGCAGUCUUUCUUUCUUAGUAGAAUGUUUUAUUAUUCAAGUCAAGUUUUAUAAUGUUUACAUUAUGUAUUAUGUAACAUAUUUAUGUAGUUUUGAAUAAAUGCAAUAUUGAAAAUA